AUGACAGAAACGAAUGCCACUAAGGAGCCCAAGAGACUUAUUGGCAGACGACGACAACGGCCAGAAAACCCAAUUGAGACGGCCAAUAAGAUCUCAGAUGAAGAAUUCCUUAAACAAUACGUUAAGACGAUCAGUGAUAGCUGGCCGGAAUGGAAACACCCCAAAGAUGAAGCAACGUUUACUCUGAGCCUCACACGCCCUACUUCCAUGACGGAGGGAGACCUAGAGGCAUGUUACAACUUAAUUGAUGAGACGAGUGGUGCAGACUAUCGCAGUUCAUCCUUAGGGUGGCACGCCGCUGCUAAGAAGAAGGAGAUGCGGUCACCUGAUCUUCGAUACAUUCUGGUGAAAGACGACAGUGUGAUCUACUGCUAUGAGAUUCACCUAAAACCAGAGUUGCAAGGAACUGGUCUAGGCAAGAAACUCAUGAGUUAUUACACGGAUGUCGCAGAGAACAUACCAACAGUCGAAAAGGCCAUGCUCACGUGUUUUGUCAGUAACGAAUCCGCUCUCAAGUUCUAUGAAAAGCUGGGAUUUACAAAGGAUGAUUACUCGCCCAGAGAGCGAAAACUCCGAGGGGGGAAGGUGGUGGUACCCGAUUAUGUGAUACUCAGCCGACCAACAGCUUCUCAAAAGGUUGAUAACUCGCGGGCGCAUCAGCCUGGACGUUGA